GGUGAGGGAGGCGGGCACUUCCUGUGUCAUGGCGCUGAAGAACAGCUUUUGAGUUCAUUGCUGAGAGCCCCCACGUGACUGGACCACUCUUUCCUGUGACUUCUGCUGGCUGCAACCUGCAUUGCAAGGAUUCUGGGAGCCUUUCACGCGCACAAUGCAAGUUGCCUGUUUAAAAUACAAGUUACCUCAAGGAUUUAAGAAUUGCUUUUCAAGAUUUCACUUUGUUUUUCAUUUAUCAUUAAUAUAUAUAGAGAAAGAUCCAUAGAACCAUUGAUGGAGGAGGCAGUGACUGUGGAGGAUGUAACCGUGAACUUCACCAUAGAGGAGUGGGCUCUGCUGAAUCCAUCCCAAAGGAAGCUCUACAGAGAUGUGAUGUGGGAAACAUUUAUGAAUAUAAAUGCUAUAGGAAGGACUUGGGAUGACCAGCAAAUUGAAGAAGAAUAUGAAACUUGCUCAAAAAGUCUAAGAAAUGAAGAGGUACCACAAUGCUAUCAAUAUAAAACUUGUAAUCAACAAGAAAACAUACUCCUUUGGACUUCAGAUGCUAAUAUGGACAUGCAACAAGCUAUGUUAAAGCCAGCCAAAAGUCUUAUAUAUGGAGAGCCCCUGUUUGUGAUUUUAUCAUUAAAUGUGCCCAUCUUACCUCAUCCUGAAGAGAAGCCACAUGAGAAUUUGGAAUUUGAAAACAAACUGAGUAAUGAAUAUGGACAAACCUACAGUGAUUUCCAGAAGCAUGCCAGGACAAAGAAUGGAGAGAAACCCUAUCAACAUGAGCAGUAUGAGAAAUCCUACUCUGAACUUAGUGAAAGAACUCACCUUGCAGAGAUUACUUUUGAUCAGAAAAGUCUGAAAGCCUCCAAUGCCUUCAAUGGUAUUGCAUUCCAUGAAAGGAUUCACACUGAAAAGAUACCAUAUGUAUACAUACAAAAUGAAAAAACUUUCAGUACUCAAAGUUGUACAAUUCCUGAAAGGAUUCACAUGGAGCAGAAACCCUAUAUAUACAUACAAUGUGGAAAUGCAUUCACUACAAAGACUUAUCUUAAUAUACAUGAAAAUACUCACACAGUGGUAAAACCUUAUGUGUGCCACCUCUGUGGGAAGGCAUUCUCUACACGCCGAUAUUGUCAAAGACAUGAAAGAACUCACUUGGGGGAGAAACCUUAUGUGUGCAAGCAAUGUGGGAAGGCAUUCACUACAAAUAGAAGUUGUCAAAUACAUGAAAAAAUUCACAGUGGGGAAAAACCUUAUGUAUGUAAGCUCUGUGGAAAGGCAUUUGCUGUACUCCAAUCUUGUCUAAGACAUGAAAGAAGUCAUACUGGGGAAAAACCUUAUGUGUGCAGGCAAUGUGGGAAGGCAUUCACUGUACCCAGUAAUUGUCGGAUACAUGAAAGAACUCACACUGGGGUGAAACCUUUUGUGUGCAAGCAAUGUGGGAAGGCAUUCACUACAAAUAGAAAUUGUCAAAUACAUGAAAGAACUCACAGUGGGGAGAAACCUUAUGUGUGUAAGCUCUGUGGAAAGGCAUUUGCUGUACUCCAAUCUUAUCUAAGACAUGAAAGAACUCAUACUGGGGAGAAACCUUAUGUGUGCAAGCAAUGUGGGAAGGCAUUUGCUAUACACAGUAAUUGUCGGAUACAUGAACGAACUCACACUGGGGUGAAACCUUAUGUGUGCAAGCAAUGUGGGAAAGCAUUCAGUACAAAGAUUUAUUGUAACAUACAUGAAAGAGCUCAUACUGGGGAGAAACCUUAUGUGUGCAAACAGUGUGGAAAGGCAUUUACUACAUACAAGAAUUGUCGGAUACAUGAAAGAGCUCACACUGGGGUGAAACCUUAUGUGUGUAAGCAAUGUGGGAAAGCAUUCAAUACAAAAAUUUAUUGUAACCUACAUGAAAGAACCCAUACUGGGGAGAAACCUUAUAUGUGUAAGCAUUGUGGAAAGGCAUUCACUACAAAAAAAGAUUGUCAAAUACAUGAAAGAAUUCACACUGGGGAGAAACCUUAUAUGUGCAAGCAGUGUGGAAAAACAUUCCAUACAAGAAAAUACUGUAAAAGACAUGAAAGAACUCACACAGGGGAGAAACCUUAUGUGUGCGAGCAAUGUGGAAAAGCAUUCACAGCAAGGAGUAAUUAUAAAAAACAUAAACAAAGUCACACAGGAGAGAAACCAUAUGUGUGCAAGCAGUGUGGAAAGACAUUCACUACGAAGUAUUCUUGUAACAACCAUGAAAGUACUCACACAGGGGAAAAACCUUUUGUGUGCAAGCACUGUGGAAAAACAUUCCCUACAAAAAAUUACUGUAAAAGACAUGAAAGGACUCACACUGGGGAGAAACCAUAUGUGUGCAAGCAAUGUGGAAAGGCUUUCACUACACGCCACUAUUGUAAAAUACAUGAAACAACCCACACUGGAGAGCAACCUUAUAUAUGUAAGCAAUGUGGAAAAGCAUUCUCUACAAAGAUUUACUGUAAAAGGCAUGAAAGAAGUCACACUGGGGAGAAACCGUAUGUGUGCAAGCAGUGUGGAAAGGCAUUCACUUCACGUCAGUAUUGUCAAAUACAUGAAAUUAUUCACAGUGGGGAGAAACCUUAUGUGUGUAAGCAAUGUGGAAAAGCAUUUGCUACAAAGUAUUAUUAUAGAAGACAUGAAAGAAGUCAUACUGGGAAGAAACUUUAGUUCAAGCAAUGUGGGAAUGAAUUUACUAUAAUGAAUUCUUAUGCAUGAAAAAACUUACACAGGGUAGAAACCUUAUUUGUGCAGGCACUGUGGGAAGGCAUUCACUGCACAUCAGUAUUCACAAGUACAUAGAAACACAGAAGCAGAAAUAUGCACAUAAGCUAUGUGGCAAAAGAAUUGCUAGUAAGUCCUCAUUUUAUAUACAUGGAUCUCUGGUGUGGAACCCUGUAUGUGUAUAUACAGUGCAAGGGAAGCAUUCAUGAAUGCAUUUUUAUCACCUACAUAAAGUCACACUAGAGAGUAACACUAUAUAUGUAAUCUUAUUUUGAAAAGCUUGUCAAAAUUCCUCAUGUGGAGACCUGUACACAUGUAAGUAAAAAAUUUCUUGUCAAUAUUUCUUAAGUUUUCCAGAAAAUACUCUCCCAGAUGGAGAUCUAGAGGUUUUUUUUCUUUGUUUUUCAGUAAAUAACUUGAAAAUAUCUGAGCUGUGUAUUUGUAGUCUUUGCUGAAAAUCAUACUGACAUAUUUUUGUGUAAACCAUUGUCUUUCAACUUAAUAUAUUGUAUCUUCUAAUAAAACAAGAUGAAUUGAAAUGUAUUUCUCACUUCCAAGUAGGAUUAGUAUUUAUGUAGUUUUGAUUUUGUUUUGCUUUUACUAUGGGGAGGUAUAGGUUGCUAAAAGUAAAGUUUUAUUAGUAGGAUUUAAUGAGUAGUGGGGAUUGAGCUCACGAUCUUACACUUGCCAGGCAGGUGCUUAUGCCACUCUGCUAAAUUCCUGGCUCUAGGUUUUUAUUUUUGUAAUCCAUUUUAUUUCAAGGAGAAAAGAAAACAAGAGAAGAAAAACAAAGUUUCAAACACAUCAGUCAGGGAAAUUAAUGGUUUUUUUAAUGGACUUUCCCAAUACCAUUGAUCGUAAGUUUCUUGAUGUAUACAUUUCAUAUUCUAUAUACAAAAACAUAAUUUGAUGUAUAUUUGUCAGCAUGUGAACAUGUAUUUUCAUUAAAGUUCAUUUGUUUACACGCAA